ACGCAAUUCAGAUUGUGUGUGAACGACUUCUUCCAGCAGUGUCUGGGCUGGGUGUGAGCUGGAUCUCACGGUCAUUGCUGAAGGAGUGUCAGGAGAGCAGUUUGUUCAGUGGAGGUGCGGUCCGAUCCGAGUCUUUACGGCACCAUAUAUCCGUCAUUCACGUCGCUUUAGCUUCGCUCGUUAGCAGUGCUUUACCACCCCUGUACAGUGACCUCCUAGACACUGCAGCAGCUGUAAAUUCUCUUGUGUUAUCAGCCAGUAUCAUGUCCAUGUUCAGCACGGGCAUCCUUGUGCUGACUUCUCCUCUCCACACGCUUCCCCUGCGCAUCGCUCCGGUGCUCACCUCUGCCGCUCAGCUCGUAGAGCGCACACUCUACGUCCAUCUCCACCCUGGGCUGAACUUGGGAAGUGGGAACCAGCCUCGAUCUGUUUUCAUUCCACCAGUAGUGGACUUGUCGACGCUCAUUAACCGCCUUUACAGCAAUGCGGCGGAUAUUUGUGCGCACCUUGAUAUCAAGGUUUUGCUGACCAAUGUCCGCUCUCUGUCAGCAGCUUGCAAUGGCACUGCAGUUUCAAACUGCCCCUUCCCCACUCCACAGUCCCUGUCUCACUCACCGGAGGUGGUGCUGACAGACUUUCCUCUGCAGGACCCAGGUCAGUCGCAUCAGAUCACCCAGAGUUUGCAGAAGUACACUGGCCAAUGCUAUGUCUGCAGCCCCAGUCUGCCCUCAGUGUUGCUUUACCCUGAGCUAAUGAAGCUGCAGGAGAAAGAAGAACAGGAAAAGCCUGAAAAUCAGGCAGAAUCUUUGGAAACUUACAGUGAUGUGGUGGUAGGGGGGACAUUCGACCGGCUCCAUGGGGCCCACAAGACGCUGCUUAACAUAUCAUGCCUGCUAUCGAAUAGAAGGUGCCUUAUUGGUGUGUGUGACGAAGCAAUGCUAAAAAAGAAAGUGCUAACAGAGUUGAUUGAGCCCUACUCUCUGCGCGUACAGAGACUGCACGAGUUCCUGCAGGACGUCAAACCAUCGUUACAGCUUGAGAUCGUGCCCCUUGAUGACCCCUUUGGAGUGUCUAUCGUCGACCCGCUGCUACAGUGCAUCGUGGUCAGUGAGGAGACCAGACUAGGAGGCGAGGCUGUGAACAGGAGACGCAUUGAGAAUGAUCUUCCACCUCUUGUUAUUCACGAGAUCCAGUUGCUUAAAGAUGCCUAUCACACAGAGAGCGAGGAGGAGAAAAUCAGUUCCUCGAGCCUGCGCUCUCGACUCCUUGGCACCCUCCUCACCCCGCCUAAAGACACUUCCCACCUCCCUCCCCUUCCGUAUGUGAUUGGGCUGACAGGAGGCAGCGGCAGUGGAAAGAGCUCCAUCGCCAAGCAGCUGGAGGCGUUGGGUGCAGUUAGGAUCGACUGUGACAAACUGGGCCAUAAGGUGUAUGAGCCGGGCACAGCAGCCUAUCACAAAGUGCUGGAAGAAUUUGGGUCAGAUAUUUUGAAUGAAGAUAAAACAAUCAACAGACGUGCAUUAGGAAGGAAAGUUUUUGGAAACCAGGAGCGGCUAAAAGCCCUAACACAUAUUGUGUGGCCUGAAAUAGCACUUCUGGUGAAGAACACAAUCAGCCAAGCCAGACAGGAAGGUAAACAGGUUUGUGUGAUGGAUGCAGCUGUUCUCCUGGAGGCCGGCUGGACAGACAUGGUCCACGAGGUGUGGGUCACCAUUAUCCCAGAGGAGGAGGCAGUGUUGAGGAUAACGGAGCGGGAUGGUGUGACCACAGAAGAUGCUCUGCGCAGACUGCAGAGCCAGUGGUCCAACGCUAAACAAGUGCAACGCGCCAACGUAGUGCUCAGCACACUGUGGGAACCAGAGGUCACACACAAACAGGUGUUGAGAGCUUGGAGUCUUCUUCAGGACAGAAUCCAACAGAGACAAGUGAAACAAUAGGAACAUGCAUGGGUCACUGUGUCAUGUUAUUGGUGACACACACACACACGCAAUGCAACGCAUGUGUCAGGCCCAGAGAUGUGGCACAAAAACACCUCAUCUACAUGAGGGAGUUUUGCCUCAGAGAGAAGUGAAAACGGCCACUUUGCCUUCGCAGUGAACUUCGACCAAGACUCAGUGCCUGAUUGACUUUCCACACCUUUUUAAAGUCUGGUGGGAUUUUUUUUAAAAAAUGCCCUGUUUAAGGAAAAGUGAUGAUGCUGUUUUCUACAAAUGUUACACCUUCUAUGAACACUAGUUGUCUCAAUGAUAUCAAUCAGAGACCUCAUUCAUUGACUCACUGUCUACAGAUAAAACCUCCACAUGAGGGUUAGCUGGAGUCAACCCCAGCUGACAUAAAGCGAAAGGCAGAGUCACAGCCUCGUCAGUCCAUCACAGAGCAAACACAGAGACCAACAACCAUUCAUUCUAACACUCGUUCACCGCUGCAAACCCACACGAACAUGGGGAGAACAUGCAACACUCUCAAACACUCAAAGAUAGGCCCUCAUUGGACCGGGUCACAAACCUAGCUGUGAGGCAACAGUGCGAGCAAGCCACUACUCCACCAUGCGGCCCAUUCAGGAAUGAAGGUUUCUGCAAAUUGAAUGUUUUCAGCAUUUUGUCAGUUCAUGAAAGAAAGAAGAAAGAAUUUAUUAAUAAUAAUAAUAAUAAUAAUGGAUAGGUAGAAUUAAUGAUGAUGCAUUUAUCUUUGAGGUUUCACAGUAUGGGGAAUGUUAACAUUUUUGUUUUCACUGUCUAAUGAUAAAUUAUGAAUACAAAAGGUACACUGUAUGAUAGACUGUUAAUAUUCCAAAAUAUAUUGUAGUUGUCACAUUGACUGGUGAAUGCACAGAGUACAGAAAGACAAUGGAACUAGAAAGAUAUUUAGUACAUUGACAAGAAAGCAGCUUAAAUUCAGGCUCAGUACUUCGGAUAAAUCAUGAGUAGACAAAAUUGAUGAUUGCCUCAGAGACCCUUGUUACAUGGCCCGUCUCCUCUCAUAGUUAAUGUCCAUGAAAGCUGCCUGGGAAAACCAAAAGUGAUCAAAGUGUGUUUAAUCAUGGUUGAAUUAAUGUUAUGUAUCAUGUAUAAAAUGCUAAGAUUGUCAGUUUUUAUGUAAAUAAAAUAAAACUGAUGAACCUCUCCA